CAUCAUCAUGGAGCGUGUAAGCCUAUUGGGUAUGUCAUGGGGCUGACAGAAGCAUGUGGAUUCUGCUCCCCCCCUGGCGGCGGACAAAACUCGGCUGCCCUGAUGGGUUCAUCAGUCAUGUCCAAACCGUGCAUAAAACCGUCAUGCAAGAAUGGAAGCAUUUGAGAUCAUGAUGAGCUGGCCACAAGUUUCGUGACAACUUUCAAGCCUUGCGCGCGGGAGUAGUUCUCCAGUGAGCAACCUUUCCGUCACGAUUGCGUUGAACAUGAGGCAGGAACCCAAAUAGGGGUGAAGGCAGGACAGUUGGCUUUUUUUUAUAUCGCCGGAGGGCAUUUCAGGACGUGGGAAGCCGUGACGGGCCUUGCCUUGAGAGAGGCUGAGCUGAGUCCUUCAGUCCACUCCCUUCACCAUGGCCAAAUCAGGCGCUCUUCUCCUUUUGGUGUCCGUCAUACUCGGUUUUCGUCGUUCAGUCUGUUUUCCGGGGUGUCCCCUCAUCUGGGGAAUUCCGGGACCAUGCGGAGUCUUAAAGCGCUUUAUGACAACUACAAACCACUCGUGACGGACCAAGAAACCGACACAGCACAGGAAAACCAAGAAGUGGAUAAAUUCCUCGACGAUAUCCUGGCCUCAGACGUUAUGAUACAAGCACAUCAGUUCCUCGGCAGGAAAAAACUGGCGCCUUCGUCAGCAAAAGCGUUUCGUGAUGAAAUGAAACGUCUCUGGUUUGAGCACUAUCCUCGAGCCAAGGGGACCCUGAGCUCGAAUGGUUUCGAGCACGUGUUCAUGGGUGAAAUAAAAAACAAGGAAGUAUCUGGGUUCCACAGCUGGCUGUACUUCAUCAACCAGGAGGCAUUAGGAAAUCUAAAUUAUAAGGGUUGGAUUAAACGGCUCUCGAUGGGGCAUGUUUCUCUUCUAAAGGCCCAAUUCGAAUGGGAAGGAGAGAGAAAGCCGCUGACCAGCAUGUUUGUUGGAAGUAGUCCUGAAUUGGAGAUGGCACUAUACACCAUUUGCUUCAAGACUCGGUCUGGGAAAGAGUGUCCACUGACUGGCAACGGGAAGACUUUCUCCAUUCAAACCCACCCACUGACAUAUCAGGGGAAGACAUACAUUGGGAGCCCGGUUGCCUCUGGAGGAGCUCGAAAUGCACCUUCCCAAAGUAACAAAGGGUACAAGGAUAAGGAAAAACCAACGCAAAUUCGGGGCAGCAAUAUCACCGCAGCUAGAGCUGUGGCCGAUGCAAUACGUACCAGCUUAGGGCCUCGAGGGAUGGACAAAAUGAUCCAAGCAGCCAAGGGUGGCGAAGUUACUAUUACAAAUGAUGGAGCAACCAUUUUGAAGCAAAUGCAAGUCGUCCAUCCAGCUGCCAAAAUGUUGGUGGAAUUGUCCAAAGCCCAGGAUGUUGAAGCUGGGGAUGGUACUACUAGUGUGGUAGUAAUGGCAGGAAGUCUUCUUGAACAGGCAGAGAAACUGUUGGCCAAGGGUAUGCAUCCCAUGAUCAUCUCAGAGGCAUUCCAAAAAGCUGCAGAAGCAUCGGUUGAGAUACUCAAGAACAUUGCCCAACCUGUGGAGCUUUCAGAUAGGGAAUCCCUUUUGAAGUCUGCAUCCACAUCUCUCAAUUCUAAAGUGGUGUCUCAGCAUUCAGGUCUCCUAGCUCCCAUUGCUGUAGAUGCAGUCAUGAAGGUGAUUGAUCCUUCAAAGGACACAAAUGUUGACCUUGCAGAUGUUAAGAUCAUCAAGCAGCUUGGAGGAACUGUGGAGGACACAGAACUUGUCAAGGGACUUGUCCUAUCACAGAAGUCUCAGGGAACAGGAGGUCCAAACCGUGUGGAGAAAGCUAGGAUUGGACUCAUCCAGUUUUGCAUAUCUCCUCCAAAAACUGAUAUGGAUAAUCAGGUGAUAGUGUCAGACUACACUCAAAUGGAUCGUGUACUGAGGGAGGAGAGGACAUACAUCCUUAAUAUUGUGAAACAGAUAAAGAAGUCUGGUUGCAAUGUUCUGCUAAUCCAAAAGUCCAUUCUCAGAGAUGCUGUGAGUGAUUUGGCUCUGCAUUUCCUAGCCAAGAUGAAGAUCAUGGUUGUCAAGGAUGUUGAGCGGGAUGAUAUUGAAUUCAUCUGCAAGACCAUAGGGUGCCGCCCUAUUGCAAGUUUGGACCAUUUUGUUGCUGAAGCUCUUGGCUCUGCAGAAUUAGCAGAAGAAGUCACAACUGGCACUAACAAAUUUGUCAAGAUCACUGGGAUUCCUGCUGAGGGGAAGACGGUGACGGUGCUCUUGCGCGGAUCCAAUAAGCUUGUGCUCGAAGAAGCAGAGCGAUCCCUCCAUGAUGCCCUUUGUGUCAUUCGCUGCCUUGUUAAGAACAGGGCUAUCAUUGCUGGUGGAGGCGCUCCAGAAAUUGAGCUUUCCCUGCGCCUCAAUGAAUUAUCGCGCUCAAUGACUGGUCUAGAAGCAUACUGCUUCAAGGCAUUUGCUGAGGCAAUGGAAGUCAUUCCCUACACAUUGGCUGAAAAUGCAGGACUUAAUCCAAUCAGAACGGUGACAGAGCUGCGAAAUAGGCAUGCACAUGGCGAGUUUACUACUGGCAUCAAUGUACGAAAGGGAACCAUCACAAAUAUUUUGGAGGAGAAUGUGGUGCAGCCCUUGUUGGUGUCCAGAAGUGCCAUCACUCUUGCCUCAGAGACAGUCCGUUCAAUCCUCAAGAUUGAUGACAUUGUCAAUGUGAUCCGCUAGGAGAGAAAUGGAAACCAGUGUAUGUAAGGGAAAGGAAGAUGCAGGAGGGGACAUGCUUUUAAAGACUCACCAUUGGCUCCCAUCACCUUAUGAACUCCCAUCUGUAAUUCCCCUUGAGGUUCUUAUGUUUGAAGAAUACUUCAUUUAAUAAUAAUAAAAACUUGCUCUUUUCCCAACAA